AAUAGCGCACUCCACUUCCGUUUACAAAAUGCCGGUCGAGGAUUUGGAAGAAGAGGGUCUGCCCAAAAACCCUAAUUUUGAGCAUGCUCAGUGGAGAUUUCUUUUAGGAACUAGCAAAUACAAAAAUGAUAAAGAUCUACGACGAAGAUUGCUAGAAGCUAUCGAAUCAAAUAGUAUGGCACCUUAUUAUGAAGAAGUGUCUAAAGAACUAGACUGGAAAUGUGAUGAAACUUUGUUAAAGAAAAUGCAAAAGAUAAAUGAAACAGAACUGAAAGCACUGGAUGCAUCAAUAGAAGAUGCAGAAACGAACCUGGGAGAAACAGAAAUUAGAGAGUUUAUGUUGAAAAAAGCAGAGUAUUUAUGUAAAAUUGGAGAUAAGGAAGGGUCGUUGGCACAGUUCCGUAAGACUCAGGAGAAGACAGUCACCCUUGGGUACAGACUUGACCUUGUGUUUCACCUCAUCAGGAUGGGCCUGUUCUAUAUGGAUCAUGAUCUCAUCACAAGGAAUCUUGAAAAAGCUCAAACUUUGAUAGACGAGGGAGGUGACUGGGAUCGACGUAACAGACUAAAGGUCUACCGAGGCGUGUACUGUAUGUCCAUACGGGACUUUAAAAAGGCUGCUGGACUCUUUCUGGACACAGUUGCGACCUUCACCUCUUACGAGCUGAUGGAUUACCAGACUUUUGUAACUUACACAGUCUUUUGUGGUAUGAUUGCCCUGGAGCGACCUCAGCUCAGGGAAAAGGUUGUCAAAGGAUCUGAAGUACUGGAGGUAUUACACAGUUUGCCAAAAGUUCGCACCUACCUGUUUUCUAUGUAUGAUUGUCAUUAUGCAGAAUUCUUCAGAACAUUAGCCCAAAUGGAGGACACAAUGAAGUAUGACCGGUUCCUAGCUCCCCACUACCGGUACUACACACGCGAGAUGAGGAUCAUUGCCUACACCCAGCUCCUAGAAUCCUACAGAAGUCUGGCCCUUGAGUACAUGGCUGGUGCAUUUGGAGUUUCUGUGGAUUUCAUUGACCAAGAGUUGGCUCGCUUCAUCGCUGCUGGUCGUCUCCACUGCAAGAUCGACAAGGUGAAGGGCAUUGUGGUGACAAAUAGACCCGACAAUAAGAAUUGGCAGUACCAGGCUACGAUAAAACAAGGAGACAUCUUACUGAAUCGAGUACAGAAACUGAGUCGUAUCAUUAACAUCUAGACACUGGCUAUACCACCACAGGAAGUGCUUAAAGUGAUCUUUGUAGGACCAUGAACUUGAUUUAUAAAGACAUACUACGUGUACACUGUUAGCAGUGAUGUCAUCAUUGAUUAAUCUCUGUAUAGGAUACAAAGAGUCACUACGUGUACACUGUUAGCAGUGAUAUCAUCAUUGAUCUAUGUAUAGGAUACAGAGAGUCGGCAAAGUGUGCCAUUCAUUCUUUGUUUGUAAAAUAAAAAUGUUUUCCACCACCAA